AUGUCCUUUGGGGGGGGAACUUACCCCCGGGGUCUCAGCCAGUGCGAGUCGGACAAUGUGAAGAAACAGAUCGCAGCUCUGCAGACAGCCAUCUGUGACGCUGAGCAGCGGGGCGACUGCGCCCUCAAAGAUGCCCGGCAGAAGCUGAUUGACCUGCAGACUGCACUGCAGCAAGCCAAGGACAAGAUGGCCUGCUUGCUGAGAGACUACCAGGAGCUGCUGAAUGUCAAGCUGGCCCUGGACAUUGAGAUUGCCACUUACAGGACGCUGCUGGAAGGAGAAGAGAGCAGGAUAUGUACCGGCAACCCUGUGAGCGUUGCUGUGGUCAGCGGCGGUGGCACUGUCGGGGAGUGCCGAACCCUCUCUGGAAUUGGAGGCAAAUGCGCUGUCAAGACAGGAGGGGCCGGCGCGGGGUUAGGGGUGAUCUCCUCCUUUGGCGUCAGUGGGGCCGGCUUUAGCACCCGGAGCGUAGAUUGCCUCCCCAGGGUGGGGGGCGGAUUUGGGGCGAGGAGCGCAGUGAGCUGCGUGGGGCGAGAAGUCAUCUCUGGUGCAGAGGGGGUGCAGUGUGCCCCUGGUGUGGGCAACCUGGGGAAUGUCGUGUGCGCUGGCAUGGAGCAGUGCAGCCCGGGAGCCGUCAUCAUUCCCGGGGCAGGGGUCUGCAGUGCCGGGAGCAGGUACAGCACAGCUGUGCGCGUGGUCAGAACAACCCGGUAG